UUUAUUCUGUUCAUUUUUGUAUUUGCUUUUCACCAAAAGCAUACAUUAUGAAGAACUCACUAAACUUAAAUUUUGGAGUUGCAAAGUAUAUAUUUUAGAUUUCUGUGAUCGAUCCAAAAAUUACAUCAAAGUAUGAAAAUGAACUGAGAAAACAGUAUUAAUAUGACGGAAGCGCUACCAAAACGUAAGGCACGUUGGUAUUUUGGUGGGUUGUCUGCGGCGGCUGCAGCUUUUUUUACCCACCCAUUAGAUCUGAUAAAAGUAGUAUUGCAAACGCAACAACACAAAACUUCAGUUUUCGAGGUAACAAAAAAAAUCACAGCAGAGCAUGGCUUUUUUUCGUUAUACAACGGGAUUUCAGCUUCAGUUUUACGACAGCUGACUUACUCAACUGCGCGUUUCGGGAUCUAUGAGGCUGGCAAGAAUUAUAUAAGUACGAGCACAUUUGCUGGUAAAGUAGAGUUAGCCAUCAUAUCAGGUACAGUGGGUGGUUUUAUUGGUGCUCCGUUUGAUUUGGUGAAUGUACGUAUGCAAAACGAUGUAAAACUUCCACCGGAAGAGAGAAGAAAUUAUAAAAAUGCUGUUGACGGAUUAUUUAAGGUGUACAAAACAGAAGGAAUUAAAAAUAUGUUUACUGGUGCUGAGUUAGCUACGGUCAGAGGAGUAUUAGUGACAGUAGGUCAAAUUGCAUUUUAUGAUCAAGUAAAAAGCACAUUACUGGAAACUGCAUACUUUGAAGAUGACCUGAAGACCUACUUAGUUUCUUCUCUUGCUGCGGCAAUAAUUUCUACCACACUAACGCAACCUAUGGACGUGCUUAAAACUCGUGCUAUGAAUGCUAAGCCAGGAGAGUAUAAAAAUACUAUGGAUAUUGUAUUACAUACUGCCAAACUUGGUCCAUUAGGUUUCUUCAAAGGAUAUUUGCCAGCGUUUGUGCGGAUUGGCCCGCACACUAUAUUGACAUUUGUCAUAUUAGAACAAAUGACACAUCAUUUUGGUAUAUUUUGAUUGAAAUUUGUCUGAUAAAAUUAUGUGAUUAUAUUUAGUA